AUGCGUCUUCAUCGAGCAAAUUGUGCGUUUCUUCUUCUUCUCCCAAAUAUUUGCUUUAAUCAAAACUCGCGCUCCCCCUUCGGGCUCUAAUUAAGGCUGUCUUGAGUGGAGGAAUGUGGGCUCAAUUAAUAAUCGAGCGCCGAGCCUCACUCACUUCGCACGAUGACGCUUUCAGAUAGAUGGACGACGUUUCUGUUCGUCGCUUUCAAACUUUUCGACGUCGUCGACUCGCUCGCCUGUUACUCCUGCGUGGCCCUCAACUACAGGUACAUCCCACUAUUUCCCUCCCUUCUUCCAUGUUUUCCGUUUUCAGACAGAACGUUCUUUCCCGCAAUGACGCGCUCUUCCCUCCGCAAAGUCGCGAGAAUCUGAGCGCGUUGUUUGAUGCCCUCUCGGAGGUAUCCAUUUCUUUUCGUUCACAUGAUCCCUUCACUUGAUCGCUUCCAGAACAACGUCGGCCACGUGGAAGUGUCUUCGAGCUGCGCCGACGUCACUCUCACUUCGCAGCCUUCGUUCCUGAACACUCCGAUCGCCAUCUGCGGAAGGAAUGACAAGUGCGUCAAAAUGGACUUUUAUUAUUCAGGUCAGCUUUGCAUCAGUUUUGUCUUCAUAGUGAGCAUGUUGUAGGCGAGAAAGUGGUGCUCCGAAACUGCCUGUCCAACCUGAUGGAAACUGUGAAUGCCCCCAAGUUCAAGCAUCAUUGUCCGAUGUCCUCGGAGGACAAAUCCGAAUUGUAAGCGGUUUCAGAGGGUUUCAGAGGCCACUGAAGUUUCGUUUUCAGAGUAGUGGGACAGCUGAAAAACGUGAGUGUGUGCUCCUGCCAAAGUGACUUGUGCAACUAUUCCCCUCAUCAGAAUCAGUUUUGCAGGAGUCUCUUCUUCUUACUGUUUAUUUUUUCUCUUUAAGAUCUUUCCAAAUUAUGAUUUCGGGUAAAGUGUUAACAAUGUACCAUUUCAUGGAUAAAUCGGUGAUUCCAAAUAAAUUUUUUAAACAUAUUGAAAAGUGGUUACGUGAACAUGAAAUAGUUCACUGAUAAAAGAAACAGACCAAAUCACUCAUUCCUACACAAACAUGAGCUCAACGAAAACGACUUCUGAUCAAGACCGAAGGAAUGGCGAUUACCUGAACAGCUCGUUCAUGGUACACUGUGGGUCCCCAGUCCCAUCUAUCUCUCUACCUCCGAUUCAGGGCGUCGGACGGCGUUUGUAUACAAGUGCGAAUUCGGGUUCAGUCUGCUCAUUCUGAUCUGCGGAUGUGCCGAACUCAUCGUCUACGACUGCUACAGUAUCUUCCUGCUCAUGCUCAUCGCGUCUUUCGUCUUCAUUCUGCUUUACCUCGAGUUCUACUUUGGAAGUGUCUAUAAUUGUGCCGCCCUUCUCCAUCUCCACACCCUCAGUGCCGGCUUCCUCGCCUUCAUCUGCUGGCUUUCCUGUCUCGUUCCCAUCUUUUAUGGAGAAGCGGUUUAUGUUGCCGGGCGUGCUGUCACGUCAGUGUUAUUCUACUGCUCCUUUACUCUCAUCGUUCUGAUUUUCAGUCAUGUAAUCUACAAGUUCUACGGCUGUCAGAUCAUUUUCGGAUCCCUCCUCGCCUCAUUCGCUGCUGCCUCGUUCGCCAGACGCAAAGAAGUACGAAAGAAAGAAUACAAUUGUUGAAUUAAACUUCUGAUCUGUUUCAGAUUAAAGCGGUGGAGCUUGCUCACUUGGAUUACAUGAAAAAGCUGCUGAAAACGACGAUGCACGUAGCAGCGGAUGUGCAGAAGGAAGCGAAACAGUUCAAUCUGAAGCCGAGAGACAUCCACUCUUUUUCUUGA